GAACCGGCAAAAAAAAACCUUUUGACCUUUUGGGCUUUGUAAGAAGGCGCAGUCUGUCUCCGUUAUCCCAGAAAGAUGGCGGACGAAAAGGUUAGAGAUGAAGCGAUGCAGAUCAUUGGAAUGUUUCAGAUCCUUCCGAGACUUGUCGUUUUUGAUCUCGAUUAUACUCUCUGGCCUUUCUACUGUGAAUGUCGUUCUAAACGAGAAAUGCCGUCUUUGUAUCCACAAGCAAAGGGUAUAGUGAGUGCUCUGAAAGCGAAAGGAAUUCAAAUGGCGAUUGCUUCCAGAUCUCCCACUUCAGACAUCGCCAACACUUUCAUUGACAAAUUGAAUAUUAAGUCCAUGUUCGUCGCCAAGGAAAUAUUCUCGAGUUGGACUCACAAGACGGAGCAUUUUCAAAAGAUACACACAAGGACAGGGGUGCCGUUUACUGACAUGCUCUUCUUCGAUGAUGAGGACAGAAACAUUAAAUCAGUUUCUAAAAUGGGAGUGACAAGCAUCUUGGUGGGUGAUGGGGUUACACUUGGAGCACUCAGACAAGGGCUUACUGAAUUUUCUCAUAACCAUAACACUAUCGAGAAGAACAAACAGGUUUGGCGCAACAAGUAUUCCGGAAAGGCUGCCUCAUCUGAGACCGACAAAGACUGACACUUCCGGUUUUUUUCCGGAAUUGUAUAACCCAUUAUACCAUUCUAUGGUGAUCAUUCCACCAUUAUUUACUGUAUAAAUAAAUUGCAUGGAUACGUGAAAGUUUUGUGUUGAAGAUUUCUAACUCUCUCAAUACUGGCUUUGUUGUUACAUGGAUGUUCCUUAUGUAACUGUGUUUUCCUAUGAAACUCACUGAAAAUGGUGGUGCUUGUGCGUAGUUGAAAUUUAUGAGUGUUAAGGAAGUCCCUUUAAACUA